GUAGAAGUUGGAUAAAGGUUCCUACUUAUAUGUUUCUAGUCUUUAAUCCUCGAAUUUCGUUCUUCUCGAGAAACCCUAGGUUCGUAGUAUUUGAUCUUUAUGCAAUGUCAUCGUCUUCUUCAUCGAAGAUCGUUGCAGAGUAUGCUAAGUCAGGUAAAUCUUCAUGCAAGAAAUGUUCCCAGAAGAUUGAUUCCAAAGCUCUCAGAUUAGGGUUGAAGAUUCGGGAUCCUCGAGGGUAUGACAGCACUAAAUGGCAUCACUUGGACUGUUUCUUUUCUUUGGAUUCAGUUCCGGUUUCUUACACCGAAACGAUUGAAGGGUUUUCAGAACUGACGGGAAGUGAUCAAGAUAAGUUGAAGCAGAUGGUGAGUGAAGGAGAUCAAUCUUCUACAAAGAGAGAAGGAGACGUUGAGCUCGAGUCACAGCGAACGAGUUCAAAGAAACUAAAGAUGGAUGAAGAUGAGGAAGCUGGGCAAGCAAAAAAGAAUGUAACGGAUGAAAAGAUUGUUGCGGAGUAUGCAAAGUCAGGAAGAUCUUCAUGCAAGAAAUGCGCUGAGAAGAUUGAUUCUAAAUCUCUAAGAUUAGGAUUCAGUAGUUGGGACCCUCGAGGAUUUGAAAACACCAAAUGGCAUCACUUAGACUGCUUCUUCCCUCUAGAUACAAACUUGCUUUCGGCAGAAUCAAUUGAAGGAUUUUCAGAACUGAAGAGCAGCGAUCAAGAAAAGUUGAAGAAACUAGUGACUGAAGGGGAUCAAUCUUCUAAGGAGUCAAAUGAAGAUGGUGAAACUGAGCUGGAGGGACGAGAUCAAAAGAGUGGAAAGACGGAUGAAGAUGAAGAAGCUGGGAAAGAAAAAGAGAACGUAAAGAAUGAAAAGAUUGUUGCAGAGUAUGCGAAGUCAGGAAGAUCUUUAUGCAAGAAAUGCGCUGAGAAGAUCGAUUCUAAAUCCCUAAGAUUGGGAUUGACUAGUUGGGAUCCUCGAGGAUUUGAAAACACCAAAUGGCAUCACAUAGACUGCUUCUUCCCUCUAGAUUCAAACUUGCUUUCAGCAGAAUCAAUUGAAGGAUUUUCAGAACUGAAGAGCAGCGAUCAAGAAAAGUUGAAGAAACUGGUGACUGAAGGGGAUCAAUCUUCUAAGAAGUCGAAUGAAGAUGGUGAAACUGAGCUGGCGGCACAGGAUCAAACGAGUGAAAAGAUAUCUAAUUCACUUGACGCGCGCGUUGGAUCAGAGAUAGACUUUGCCGUUAGUGACAUCAAGGACAAUUACAAGGGUGCAACUUUACAGCCAAAGUGGAAGGCGUUCCGGACCAUUGUAUAUCUUGAACGAGAUGAUGGCCUCCAAGAUUCAAGAAAAAUUGCUGCCUUCGAUUUUGAUGGAUGUCUUGCAAAAACAUCUGUUCAAAGAGUAGGUGCAACCGCUUGGUCUCUUAUGUAUGCUUCAAUACCAAAAAAGUUGCAGAGCUUGUACAACGAUGGCUACAAACUGGUUAUCUUCACAAAUGAAUCAAAUAUUGAGCGGUGGAAGAACAAGCGACAGGUAGCAGUGGAUUCUAAAAUUGGGAGACUAAACAGUCUUAUCAAGCUCGUGAACGUUCCAAUUCAGGUGUUCAUUGCUUGUGGUAUAAGUAAAGGUAAAGAAGAGGACCCUUUUCGCAAACCGCAACCCGGAAUGUGGCGCAUAAUGGAACAAGAAUUCAACUCCGGAAUUCCGAUUGAUAUGGAUCAGUCCUUUUAUGUUGGUGAUGCUGCUGGAAGAAUAGAUGAUCACAGUGAUGCUGAUAAGAAGUUUGCAGAGGCUAUUGGAUUGAAGUUUUACCUUCCUGAAGAAUACUUUGAUGCAUGAAGAUUAUAGUUUUUUAGGAUCGUAGCCUGUGAUUUGCUUCCUGCUAAAAGUAGACAUGUAAUCUAUGCAAUCAUCACUUUUAAUGCAUUUGUUUAAUCAUAUACCUAAUC